UGACGUAUGCACCUAAAGGCUUAUUCAAGUGAAGACUUGACUUUUAUAAUGUUGGGGGAAUCUGCAGUCAGCUGAGACCGACGGAGUUACCUGGAUGCGUGACGAAACGUUUCUCCCAAUGAAAACGUCCUGAUGACCAGAAUCAACCUUGAGGAUUUCCUUUCGUCACGUCUCUAGUUUUGCACACCUGCCAGCCCACAGCAGGUGACGCUGAGCACAACGCCGUGGAACUCCUUCACGUGCGUUAGCGGGUCCAGACGCUGUUAGCUUUGAACUUUGGUCCGCGUUUGGCAGCUGAUAAGUUACAAAAAGAGUGCACCGUGCCUUAAAACAUGAUGAACCGUGACGUGGCUGACCUCCCCAGCGGCCCGCUCGAUGUCUACAGGAACAAAGCCUCCUUCAGCUGGAAGGACAUGGUCUGCUUUAUAGAUGGAGAAGAUGUAUAUCUAUUCAAGCAACAUGUGUUCAGGACACUGGAGAACGACCCUCUGUUUGCCCGUCAGCCUGGUGAAGAUGUCCCCAUAGAGAAAAAGAGAGAGCUGAACUUUCUGAGAAUGAAGCAGCUGCUUCGGUACAACUUUGUCACCAAGGAAGAGGCGAUGGCCAAUCCCUGGAAAGCGAUGUACCUCGACGACUGUCUGGGCAUGUAUGACUGGGCCUUGGUUGCUAAGCUCUUCCUCAGCCUGGGGAUGUUUGGAGCAACUGUUGCCAACUCAGGGUCAAGCAGACAUAAGAAAUUUGUUGAAAACACCGAAGACAUGAGGAUCUUUGGAUGCUUUGCAUUGACUGAGUUGAGCCAUGGCAGUAACACCAGAGCCAUGAGGACCACGGCCAAGUAUGACCCCUCUACUCAGGAGUUCGUGAUCAACUCUCCGGACUUUGAGGCUGCAAAGUUCUGGGUGGGGAACCUGGGAAAGACUGCUACCCAUGCUGUGGUGUAUGCUCAGCUCUACACACCUGAUCAGGUGUGCCACGGACUGCACUCUUUUGUUGUCCCGCUGAGAGAUCCCAAGACCCUGCUGGCUUUGCCUGGUGUGCUGGUCGGAGACAUGGGGAAGAAGCUGGGUCAGAACGGACUGGAUAAUGGGUUUGCGAUGUUCCACAAUGUGAGAAUCCCACGCGAGAACCUGCUGAAUAAGACCGGAGAUCUGACUCCUGAUGGUCGCUACGUGACACCAUUUAAGGACCCUAAAAAGCGUUUUGGGGCAUCUCUUGGUGCCUUAUCAGGGGGCAGAGUGUAUAUCACCAGGAUGGCUCUUAUCAACCUGAAGUUAGCUUUGACAGUGGCUAUCCGCUUCUCAGCUGCCAGGAGACAGUUUGGACCCACAGACACAGAGGAAAUCCCUGUUUUAGAGUACCAGUUACAGCAAUGGCGUCUGAUUCCGUACUUGGCGGCAGCCUAUGCUCUUGAAAACUUCACCAAAUCCAUCUUGAUGAACUUUGUUGAGUUUCAGAUUGGACAGAUGUUGAAAGACAACAGUGACACAGCAGGGAUGGGCAGAGAGAUCCAUGCAAUUGGUUGCUCCAGCAAACCACUGGGAUCAUGGACUGCUCAAAGAGGCAUCCAGGAGUGCCGGGAGGCCUGUGGUGGACACGGAUACUUGGCCAUGAAUCGGCUGGGUGACCUGCGUGAUGACAAUGACCCAAACUGCACAUAUGAAGGAGACAACAACGUACUGCUGCAACAGACCAGCAGCUAUUUGCUCUCCUGGCUCCAUGCAAAACAGCGUGAUGGUGUGCGGAUUGAGUCUCCCUUUCACACCGUGGAUUUUCUGGAGGAGUCUCAGGAGAUCCUCAAAAGCAGGUUCACUGCACUCACAGUGGACGACUGUGUGGAUUCUGCAGUGCCUUUGGCAGCCUAUAAGUGGCUUGUGUGUUUCCUGCUGGAGGAGAGUCAGAAGAAGCUGGAACAAGAGCGAGCGUCGGGCAACGAUGACUUUGAAGCCCGUAACAACUGCCAAGUUUACUACUGCAGGUCACUGGCCAUGGCCUACAUUGAGCACACCUGCCUGCAGAGAUUUCAUGAGCUGACCACUAAUCAGGACACACCAGCUGGUCUCAGACCAGUAUUAAGGAAACUUUGUGCCUUGUAUGGGCUGUGGAGCCUCAGCAGCCACAUGGCGACACUGUACCAGGGUAGUUACUGGAGUGGACGUAAGCCUGCUGAGCUGGUCCAGAUGGCAAUCCUCACUCUCUGCUCCCAGCUAAAGGAUGAUGCAGUAGCCUUGGUGGAUGUCCUGGCACCCACUGAUUUCAUCCUCAACUCACCUAUUGGCUGCGCUGAUGGACAGAUUUACAACCACCUGUGGUCCACAGUAAUGCAGGGCAGCAAAGUGCUGGAGCGUCCAUCCUGGUGGAAGGAGUUCUGCUCAGACAAACCUGUGCUUGGAUCUCUGCGGCCUAAACUCUAAAACCCUGUCGUGCUCUGCAAAGGAUCUCUGCCUGUCUGUGCAGUGAACUUGCUUGGGCUCAAAUUCCAACAAUGUUAGGAAAUGUUUAACAAGUCCAUUAAAAACUUUACAAACUGUGA